AGGAUUAAAACUGACGCUUUUGGGAAAGAGUAUGUCGCAUUCCAGAUAGGUGUUAAAAAUGGAAAUUUAGCUUGGCAACUCAGUAAGAGAUUUUCUGAAUUUGCGAGCAUGCAUGGAAAAUUUUGCAGGCACCUGGAGCAACGUUUGCAGAAAUGGCCGGAGGAAUCUAGGCAUCUUCACGCUUACUUACCGGCACUUCCACCUAGGCUUUGGCAUAAAUCGGCAGAGAGUCUUGAUGGCAGGCAAAAAGAUCUGGAGGUUUAUCUUCAACGUCUUCUUGACGUCCCUAUAGCUACAGAAGAUCCGCACGUGUUGGCCUUUUUGGGGAUAGUCUCAUCCCUGAGCGCGGAGCUUGCAUCCCCAAGCGCAGAGUUCAAUGCUCACUCCAAUGCCAUGAAGCAAAGAAAGAUUAUACAUGUGUCUUCUCUGAAUGGCGAUCUUGAAAUGGGUGACAUUAUACUCUUUCAGUGCGCGCACGCCCUCGCAGGCCUUCAGCGAGGUGUGACACGUGCGGAAUGGGAUCACGUGGCUUUAGUCGUUAAACGCCAAGACGGUCGCGGGUGCGAUCUUCUUGAAAGUACUUGUGACGGCGUUACCUGCGUCCCUCUUUCCGCUCGGAUGGCUGCCUAUGCUACAGAGUUUACGUCCUACAUGGGGGUCCGCAAAUUACAAGGGCAAAGGACAGCUGCAAUGGAAAAAAAGUUGCAAGGAUUUGUGGAACGGAUCAAUGGUCGGCCAUAUGGAUUUCCGUUGACUACAUUGUUCGCGAAGAAGUACAUCACCAGCGACACAGACGUUGCUCCUGUUACUGCUUACGGCUUACCUUCUCCGAAGUCAAAUACUUGGCAUUCGAAUCUCCGCUCUGUCCCUUUCUACCCUGACUUCUUGAACAAUCGCCGGAGGCAUUCAAAAGUCACGGCCUUGUCGGCUUCAAAUUCCUCCCAAGCAGAUUCAAGUAGCGGAAUGGAGGUAGUUGAGAAGGCGAGUAGGAAAUUUUCCCAUGAGAGAGGUUUCUUUUGUAGCAAUCUAGUGGCUGCUGCAUUGCGAGAGAUGUGCGUGCUAAAAGCAGACAUUAAUGAUGACUACUUUUGGCCCGGUGCCUUCACUGAAGGUGGUGAGAUAGACGAUGCCUUUCGGGAUGGGUACUGUCUCAGUGACGUGAUGUUGGUGGACACCGCCACGCUUGAGCUGGGGCGAGCCACAUUUGAAGCGGCAGAGAUAGCGCUUUCGUCCUCAAAGUGACAUAAUUUGGUAGCAAAUCCCAUCAAGUACAGGCCUC